GAAUCUAUGAGAGAAGAAAUAUUUCAGCUCCUGCACUGCGUCCCCACUGCUGGCCAUUUAGGUCUUCACCGCACCUUACAAUGGUUCCAACGCCUCUUUUGGUUCGAAGGGUUCCGUACCUGGGUCACACAGAAGGUCCUGCGUUGCCUAGUUUGUCAAGAAUCAAAAUCACCACGUCACACUCUGGGCCACACGGAAGCUAUUUUGCAAGAUCCCACUUUGGCCCCAUUUGACAUCAUUGCCAUAGACGCGUUUGGACCUUUGCCUCUCAGUGCACAAGACCACAAGUAUAUUCUUGUUGUUCAGUGUCUAUUCUCCUGA